GUCUACUUAAAUUCUGCGCUUCGCAGCCUUGCACACGACCAGCACCCAUCUACGAGCCUUGGUUAAGUUGCCCUGGACUUCACCUUAGUUCACUACCUUGAUCUACACCCAUCUGUUCGAUCUGAUUGCAAUGGGUCGCUGGACACAGUUUGACGAGGACCGUUACCGUCUCCCCGAGGGCUUUAAACGUGUCGCGUACGAUGCAGACACGAAGCGCUACACGUUCCUCGACGCGAAUGGCGUCAAGUACGUCGGCAAUCCUGGCGAGGAAUAUGGCCACAUGACACCAGUGGCGAACCUCCCCGAGCAGCCUCGCCCAGGAGCGUUCUCAGAAGAAUACACCCAUCGCCCCAUGCCCUCUGGCUCUUCCGCCGAAGCUGCCUCAAGCUUCCGCGACAUCCUCCCCUCGAAUCGCAUCGGCAGCGCCCCUCCCCCGACCGACGAGAAGAAAGCCUCUCAACAGCAGCGCGACAAGAACCUCGCCGACGUCGUCGAGACGGUGAUGCCCAAAGUGCAGGGUGUCGUGCAGAACCUACGCCGCUCGAUCACGUCCGCGAGGAAGGGUCCGCCGAAGUACUACGGCAACCAGUCGUCCGCGGGAUCUAGGUCAUCACUGGACUCGAAGACCUCCAUGCGCGACUCGAAGUCCGGCUUGCUCGACGCGCCACCCCCGUACGGGGACGAGAAGUGGGCGUACAGCGACCAGGCGUGGGAGGCGCAGAAGGCGCAGUGGGGCAAGAAGGACGAGAAGGGGAUCUUCCGGUCCAAGUCGAGCGCGUCAGCCACGCAGGGGAAGCGUGGCAAGGCGGAUGCAGCGCAGGUGGAUCGCGCGCGGUCAGAUGCCUCGCGGAAGCUGGAAGGCGCGCCACAGGGUGCUUCAUCUCGCUCUGGGCCAGCCUCAGAUACGAACCUCACCCGCACACAGUCCAUCAGCUCUACGAUUUCCUCCCUCGACUACGCGUCGGACGAUUCGGAUUAUCUUGAGCGUACGCGCAACCUCAGCCUCGACGACUCCCGCAGCGUCGACCGCUCCCAGUCGAUGCGCUCGACAAAUACCAUGACCUCGGGUGUGUCUGACGUUUCGCGCGCUACGCGCAUGUCCGUGAACGAUGCUAGCCCACCGAGGCUGCCUCCGCGUCGCUCGCCAAUCCUGCAGUGAUCUAUCUCUGGAUCAUACCGGCGCCUCAUCCAACAUCCUGGAUAUCCGUAACGCUCAUCUGCUUUCUUCUUUGUAUAUCACCAUCACCCUACAACCACGUACAGCAUCCGUUCGGCUCGUCUCUGCCAUUCUUGUUGUAACAUACUAAUAUAUGGACUGCUUUCUCCUUGUAUCAUCCAAUAAUGCAAUUGCAAGCACUUGAUCGUUUCCC